AUGGCUUUCUUCAAGAGCUUUCCCACCGUCACCUCCAUCUCCAACAUCAUGGGGUCACUGACGGACAAGGUGGAUGACCUGGCCUGUGCCAUUGGCGACGCCACGUACACUGUGACCGGCGGGAUAGCCGAUCAGGUCAGCACCAUUGUCCACAAGGUGCAGGAGAAGGAGCACGAGAGGCAGUGGAAGAUGGAGGCAGCUGAGAAGGAGGCUGCUGCCAAGGAGGCCGCUGCCCUUGUGGCCUCGAUGGCCUCUCAAUCCUCCACAGGGGUGUCAAACCAAGAGUCCUCUCCAGCGGUGUCUAGUAGCCAGGAGGGCAAAGUGCCGCCAGGGCAAAGCCCACUGAAGCAGAAGGACUCGUUCAACAGCAAGACUUCUCUCAGUCCGUGUAGCCGUAAUGCUGAUGCCUACACGUCAGACUAUGGCACAGGCACAGACAUAUCCUCUGAGACAUUCUCCACAGGAAGUGACCUGUCUCAACCUACUACACUGGGAACCAAGGUUACAAUCAAUGCCCCACAAAGUACAACAACAAAGACCAGCCAUGACAACAUAAGCCUCUCAGACAACCUCAAUCGCUUGCCACCUCCCAGCUUGCCAAUCAAGGGUUCAUCAGAUGCCAUUAAGGGUUCACCUUCCUUAGAGAAUGCCAAAAAAGCAGAUAGUCCCAGGCAACAGGAGCAGUUGUCCGAAACCCAGAGGACACAAGAGAAGAUCACUACUCGCAUUUCACCCGGCUCCAAGAGUGAAGGAAUGGCCAGUCAACAGAGCAAGACCAAAUGGCCGUCAGAGAGAGUGACUGCCCGCUUCAACAGCACCAGGUGGCUAUGUGGGGGAGGAAAUGCUCAUCAAGAGAGAACCACCAGGAGGUCAGACACAAGCUUUCCAGAUGGGGACUUCCAGGGCUCCUCAUCGGACAGUGAGGACGAGGUGAUUGGAAAGUACCAGGAGGCGGUCAAUCGCUCCCAGGGCCUGCGAGGAGGCUCGGCAGGGGCACGGCAGCAGCAGAAUGGUUUCGGCUGGGAGACGCGGCAGAAGUACAGCCCGCUCACCGCAGAGUACGAUGGCUACAGCAGCGAGGCCUCGGCUGAUGAUGCUAACUGCAUUCAGCGUAUGCGGCGCACCCCUCCACUGGACGAGCUCCAGCCCCCUCCGUACCAGGAUGAGGACGGCUCCCCCCGCAUGUCCUGCACGCCCUCUGACCUGGGCGACACCAAGUGCGGCCUGUCGCACUGCAGCGACAGCCCGCGCCAUUCCUACGACAAGUGCCCGAGCGAGGGCAGUGGCGGGCAGGAGACGGAGAGCUACCUCACCAAGGGCUACGAGGAGGACGUGCCCAGCGACAGCACCGCCGUGCUCAGCCCUGAGAACAUGUCGGCGCGCGGCUCCGCCGUGCAGCUCCCCAAGGGCUAUGAGCCGGACCCGGCGGCCCCGUACGGCACUCUAGACGUGGUCUUCGACUACGACUCCCAUGACCAGCGCCUCGCCGUCACCAUCACUGCCCUCACCGACAUCCCGCCCGUCAAGUGCACCGGCAACAUCUCCUGGCAGGUGCACCUGGUACUGCUGCCCACCAAGAAGCAGCGUGCCAAGACGGGCAUCCAGAAGGGGCCGUGCCCGGUCUUCACCGAGACCUUCCGCUUCAGCCACGUGGAGGCGGAGAUGAUCGGCAACUACGCGCUGCGCUUCCGCCUCUACAGCGUGCGCAGGAUGAAGAAGGAGAAGGUGCUCGGCGAGAAGGUCUUCUACCUCACCAAGCUCAACCUGCAGGGCAAGAUGUCUGUGCCCGUCAUCCUGGACCCCUGCCCCACCAUACCAGGCAGCGAGUCCCAGGUCAGCAUCUCGGACAUGUCGAGCGAGAGUGCGUCGUCGUUCCAGUCGGCGGGCCAGAGCACGUCGCCAGAGCUGCUGCUGGGCCUGGUGUACAACGCCACCACCGGACGCCUCUCCGUGGAGAUCAUCAAAGGCAGCCACUUCAAGAACUUGGCUGCCAACAAGCCACCCAAUGGACUAUUCUGUUGUCUAAAGCACUUGAUAGGCGGACAGGUUUAUAUUAUUAGAGACACGUUCGUCAAGCUGACCCUGUUGAACUCCAUGGGCCAGGAGAUGUCCAAGUGCAAGACCUCCAUCUGCCGCGGCCAGCCCAACCCCACCUACAAGGAGACCUUCGUCUUCCAGGUGGCCCUCUUCCAGCUCUCGGACGUCACGCUCAUCCUCUCCGUCUACAGCAAGCGCAGCAUCAAGCGCAAGGAGAUGAUUGGCUGGAUCUCGCUGGGCCUCAACAGCUCCGGCGAGGAGGAGCUGACGCACUGGACGCAGAUGAAGGAGUCCAAGGGGCAGCAGGUCUGCCGUUGGCACAGCCUGUUGGAGUCCUAGUGGGAUGGACAGACGGACAGACAGCAGACAGACAGGCAGACAGAUGGAAGGUUGUAAGAACAGUAUGAGGAGAGAGGGAACACUAGAAUUAGAGCUAGGAAGUGAUGAACAGAUGGACAAACAGCAGACAGACAGAAAGAUAUGAUUGUGAGUGUAAGGAAAAAGGGGAAUACUAGUUACGACUUAGGAGGGUGAUGCUUGGAUUGGUUGGGGUUUUUUGGCCAGGCCAGGUCAAACCUUAGAGCUGCUACCUGGAGGCAAACAGAGCUGCCCUCCCGCUAAGCACCCUGGGAAAUGGAGUCCAGCUGAGGUUCAGGACUCAGGGGGUUCUGGGAGUCAAGGCCAGUCCUGUGAGCUUCAGUGUAAUGUAUUGUAUUACGUCUUUUGUUCAAUGAAAUUCGAACCAAUGUUACAUGGUUGGCUCACUUCCUGCCAA